AUGGCCUUAACGGAUGUAGGCCUCCUAGGCCUCCGUCAUUUGGGCGGGCGAAGCACGGAUAAUCCUCAGAAUGCCUCCAAUUCGGCAUCAGGCUUGGUCACCACCUUGGUCCCAUCUUUGGUGGUGGCUGUUGCCAUGGUCGCCGUCUUCGUUAUUCUGCGUCGCAGCGAGCGCCGAAUGUACAUGCCGCGAACCUAUGUCGGAGUUUUGCGACCCUCUGAACGGACACCUGCCUCGCCGACCGGACUAUGGAAUUGGAUUCGACAUAUGUACCAGCUACCUGACGAAUAUGUUUUGCAGCACCACUCGAUGGAUGCCUAUCUCUUACUUCGCUUCCUGAAGACCGUUUCCAUGAUCUGCUUCGUGGGCUGCUGCAUUACGUUUCCUAUUCUGUUCCCAGUCAAUGGAACCGGUGGUGCUGGAAAGAAGCAGCUGGAUAUUCUGAGCAUGUCGAACGUCUCGGAAAAUAGCUACGGACGUUACUUUGCGCAUUGCUUUGUCGCCUGGAUUUUCAUCGGAUUCGUUUUUUUCACGAUUACCCGCGAAAGUCUCUUCUACAUUAACCUGCGCCAGGCCUACGCUCUUUCCCCCGCCUACGCCAGUCGUCUGUCCUCGCGUACCGUGCUGUUCUCUGCCGUCACCCAAGACUAUCUCGAUCGCGACAAGAUUCGUCGGAUGUUUGGUGUCGAAAAGGUCAAAAAUGUUUGGUUGACGACCGAUACUAGCGAGUUGGAAGAGAAGGUUUCUGCGCGCGACGAUGCGGCGAUGAAGCUGGAGGGUGCCGAAACGAAACUGAUCAAGUUGGCGAACGCUGCUCGUCUCAAGGCUCUGAAGAAACAAGGACAUGUGGAGGAUGGCCCCGUCUCUGGAGAUGCUGCGGGCGAUGAGACCGAUGGAGAGUCGGGCUCUGUGGCAGCCCGCUGGGUUAGACCUUCGGACCGCCCUACGCACCGGCUGAAGCUGCUCAUUGGCAAGAAGGUGGAUACAAUCAAUUGGGCCAGGGCGGAGAUCGAGCGUCUCACGCCCGAGAUUGAGGAGCUCCAGGCUAAGCACCGCGCGGGUGAUGCGAAAUUGGUUUCCUCUGUAUUUGUGGAGUUCUACGCUCAGGCAGAUGCUCAGGCGGCCUUCCAGUCUGUGGCCCACAAUCUCCCCUUGCAUAUGGCACCUCGGUACAUUGGUCUUGACCCGACACAAGUCAUCUGGUCGAACUUGCGCAUCAAGUGGUGGGAGCGUAUCAUGCGGUAUUCCGCGACCAUCGCUUUUGUCUGCGCUAUGAUCGUCUUCUGGGCUAUCCCAACCGCCGUCGUCGGUUCAAUUUCCAACAUCAACUUCCUCACGGACAAGGUUCAUUUCCUGCGUUUCAUCAAUGAUGUCCCGAGCUGGAUUAAGGGUGUCAUCACCUCUCUGUUGCCUACCGUCUUGAUGUCCAUCCUCAUGGCGCUCGUUCCCAUCAUACUUCGCCUGAUGGCCAAGCUCGGUGGUGCUCCCAGCUUGGCUGCCGUCGAGUUGACCACCCAGAACUUCUAUUUCGCGUUCCAGGUCGUGCAGGUGUUCCUGGUGGUCACCCUCGCGUCAUCUGCCUCAGCUGUUGUCACCAAGAUUAUCGAUAAGCCCACUAGCGCUGCAUCCCUGUUGGCGAACAACAUCCCGACCGCAUCCAACUUUUACAUCUCAUACAUCAUUUUGCAGGGUCUGUCCUUCAGCGCCGGUGCACUGUUGCAGAUCUCGGGCUUGAUUGUUGGUAAGAUCCUUGGCAGGCUCUUGGAUAACACCCCCCGGAAGAUGUACAAGCGCUGGUCUUCUUUGUCUGGAUUGGGCUGGGGAACUGUGUACCCUGUUUUCACUCUGUUGUCGGUCAUCGCUAUCAUUUACUCUUGCAUUGCACCUCUUGUUCUCGGCUUUGCGAGCAUUGGUCUUUACCUCUUCUACUUUGCCUACCGGUACAACAUGCUGUUUGUUUCGAAUGCCGACAUCGACACGCAAGGAAAAUGCUUCUACCGGGCGUUGCAGCAACUCACGGUUGGCUGCUACAUCCUCAUCGUUUGCUUGAUUGGGCUCUUUGCCAUCGGUACUGCUGCGAACCAAAUUGCUCUUGGCCCCUUGAUCCUCAUGAUUAUCUUGCUUGUUUUCACUGUCCUGUACCAUGUCUCUCUCAACAGUGCCUUGGCGCCUCUCAUCCAGUACCUGCCCAAGAACCUUGAGGCGGAAGGAGAGUCUCUUCUUGCGCAUGAGGCCAGGUUGAGCUCUUCUCAUGAACCAUACGAUGACAAAGCUCUUGCUGGCAGCUCUGCAGAUGCCGGUCGGAACAGCAGUGUGGCCAACGUCGAUUCCGCGGAGAAGGGCUUGACUUCCCCGGCUACGGAAGAGCCCAAGACCAAUUUCUUGAUGCGCUAUCUUCGACCCGACAAGUACAGUGGCUACGCGCAGCUGCGUCGUCUGGUUCCGACCAACGAGACUACCAGCUAUGAUCCGAUAGUUGAAGAAACUGCCUACUUCCAUCCCUCGAUCAAGGCCCAACCCCCUCUUCUCUGGGUUCCUCGUGAUGAGAUGGGUGUCAGUCGCCAGGAGGUCAGACACACCUCGAAAGUCAUUGAGAUCACUGACGAAGAUGCUUGGCUGGAUGAGAAGAACCACAUUCAAUGGAACGCGGAGAAGGGCACACCUCCUGUCUACACGGAGAAGAUCUACUACUAG